GUUGUAGAGGUGGUAAGAGUGCGGGAGGUAAACAUUGAUGAUGGCGGCGGCGGCGACGGCGCGACCCGUCACUAAACUCCCAGAUGGGUUUGACAGAUGGAUCUGUUUAUAUCCUGCAUACAUUAACAAAGACAAGUCACGUGCUGAAGGCCGAAGAAUUCCUAAGGACAAGGCAGUGUCGGCACCAACUUGCAAGGAGAUGCUAGAUGUGCUGUCUUCUUCAGGCUUUCAGGUGAUAGGUGAACGCAAGAUUUACUGCCGUGAAAAGAGCAAGGAACCUCCAUAUUGGGGCCGAGUGCGUGUGCAACUUAAGAAUCAGGCUGGGGAACCUGUGAAUCCCAAGUUCAGCUCUCGCGAGGACGUUAUGAUCUUUACAGCAGAUAAGAUUCCACAAUUAAAAACCAGAACCAAUCCCAAGCACAGCCAGGAUGCACAACAGCAACAAGGAAAGCAAGGCAAGGGAAAGAAAAAAAAGUAAAUUACCAUUAUGUCUUGUGAAACUACAGUAUGUUAAUAAAGGAAAUGCAAAAUA